CUGAGACCUGCAGACCGGUGAAGGCCUGCAUAGUGGCGGUCGCACCUCUAACAAGCGAUCAAAUCCUUUCCAUAACACGCGUUAGCAGAAUCGCGUCCACUUUCAACUUCUUUACAACCUCCACCAUCUACAAAUACAUUACAAGCACUGCAUUCUCGAGCAAUCGAAGCGACGCGCUGCCAUUUUGCAUGCCUGAGUUUUAAUUAUUUUCUAGUCCCGGCUGGUAUCAUGUUCUAUUGAUUCAACGCACAUCUUUUCGGGAUCCAUCAACCAGAGUGCAUGCUCAACAAUCAUGUCGCCUGAUGGCGGGGUUUCAAUGCAAGAAGCCAUUUCGGACGGCCGUGCGAAAUAUGUAGCCCAGCGUUACAAGCAGGCCCUUGGUUCUUUCACUGAUGCUAUCAAGCUUUGCCCAUGUGAGAUAGAAAAGAAAAAGAGGAAGCGAAGCGGGUCAACAGGCCAAGAGCUUGACCAAGAUGCACAACCAGACCAAGAAGCUACUGGUUUGCCAACACUCGAAUGCGGCAAUCCUCUUCAUAUACAAGCUCUAAACUACCGAGCUGGAACAUUUGAAAAGAUCCCAGAUCUUCGUCGAGCGCUAGCUGAUGCGCGGAGGAUGAUGGACGUUGCGCCAUGUUCGCCCGAAGGAUAUCUUCGGGCAAGCAAGAUUCUGCGGAUGGAAGAAAACCCAGUAGACUCACUCAAAGUAUUGACGGAUGGCAUUCUGAUAUUCCUUGAAAGGGGCGACUUUGAAGUCGAUGAUCUCCGACGUCUUGACAAAGCUCGAAAUCCCCUCAAACCGAAAUUUGCCAAGGUUGACCCUUUGGGUGACUUUCUGAGUCUUAGUUGGAUGUCAAAGGCUCAUCUACCGACGGAACUUAUACUGGAUAUUUUUGGCCGCUUGGAACUGUCAACGCUGUGCCAAUGUCUGCGUGUCUCCAAAUCUUGGAAGAGCGCAUUAACAGCGCCAGCAAGUGCACAACUUUGGAGAUCGCUCCAAUUCACUGGUGCUUCAGUGCCCAAAAAGCCCAUUUCAUUUGACUCCCUAAAGAAAUUGCUCUCCUACUCAUCGAACAAUAUUAGGGAGCUUGUAAUAAGCGAUGCUCGCAAACUAUACCUGGAUCGGAGGAAAUUCAACGCCUUCUUGACCGCCGGAAUCAGACUGGAACGCUUGGAGGUAAUUAACCCGUGUGAAGCCCUAGACCUCAUGCGACCUCCAAGCUAUCUCAAAUACUUGAAUCUUGAAGGAUUCCAUCGUUUCUACAGGCCUGGUUCUGCAGGCGCGGACCCCUAUCGGUUCUUUCUAUUGUCCAUUGUUCGUAAUAUAGAGACUCUCAUUCUAUCGGGACUUCCUAGACAAUGGUUUGGCGACAUGGAGGUGCCUCUGAUGCCUAAUUUGAGACACCUCAGGUUGUCCAAGGGUAGAGAACAACCGUGGACAUUGUCUGUUUGUGCUCUGUUGAAAAGUACUCCCCAGCUGGAACAGCUCUAUUUGGAUAGCCUCCUUUUAGAUUGCAGGCUUCCAACGGGUGAGGAAUUCGACAAUUGCUGUGUUCCCAAUCUCAAAUCUGUCACCAUUGUGGAUCUGAAAGUGUUAGUGUUGGAAAGGGGUUUCAACAACCUUUGGCUUCAGCAGGGCCGAUCAUCUGCCCUGGAAGCGCAUAGAUGCGUAACAGCUUUGAAUGGCGGAAAGCAACUCAAGGCUCUGGAUAUACACUAUAACUGGCAGUACACCAACACUGAACAGACGGCCAACGACAUAUUCAGUCGCAUGUACCAAGACCCUUCAUACGAAUACGAAAAUCUAGAGUUUUUGCGCUUCUCCAAGCUGGUCUUGGCGCCAAACUUAGCAGAGAGGCUGUUUGGAUCGUCUAUAAGAUCAGGAAAACUAUCUUCGUUUGACAUUUGUUUCCCUCUCCCCAGAUACAGCGAGGUAACUGGGCAAACGAGUUGGGAACACAUCUUGAAGUAUAAAUGGCUCGAAGGGGCUGAGAGCAUUCGAUGCCUCGGCAUCUACGACUUCAGCUUCAAGACUUAUACGAAGGGAUUGGAUCACCCGCUGGUCCAAUUUCUACAAACAUUUCCGCUUCUGGAGGAGGUGAAGCUGGGGUCAGCCAAUUCUGGGCCCGCGGAAUACCUGCUCACGGCCCAAGAUGUUAUAAAGUUCGUGAAACUGAAACGCAUAGAAGUUGCGGAUAUAUCCGGCGAAUCUUUUGAUAGAAUUCGGCGGCUGGCGAGACAAGAAGGCGUCAGCCUGACCUGGGAGGCUCAAAAACCAAAGUGGCCUAGAGACUUCAAAGACAGUUAGACACAGAAGAAGAGAAGUCCUUGCAAUCAUUUAUGGGUGUGAUUUUCUUAGGAUGGAGUACGGGAAACUUGUGGUAUUGAUGGCAGGUCAAAUCGGAUACAUGUAGCAUCAACAGCGAUCGGUAUGAUAACAGAAUAUGGAUACUUUACGAGGAUAGCCAGGGCAAUGGUUAGCGGGAUAAAUAUUUACACUUUCAAGGAGUUACCACCAUCAUCGUACGCAAUAUUCCGAUAAAUCUCUUUCGCCCCCCUUUUUGAACUUGGAAUCGGAAUUGGUGGAAGACUCAUCUGUAUGCUUCCAUCAGUUCCCACCCAAUCACCACACGCCCAGAGCUUGUGUGUUUCUAUCUUCUUCCAUUACACAGCACAUCGAGUGUUAUACAUUGGGUAGCUGAGAAUAGCGGU